GUAUGAAUUGGGUUGGGUACUAUAUUACUACUCUAGUGCCUGCAAUUUCUCUCUAAAACCCUAAACCUCAUUCUCCUGAUUUCUGUUACAUUGAGUUUAGGAAACAAAAAACAACACAGUCAAUUGGCAAAUGUCUAACUCUAACCCGUUACCCCUCAAGAGACAAGGAGAACAAUCGUCCGAUGAUGGCGCCUCUGCCAUUAAACCUUCUCGCCUCAAAAUCGCAAUACCCUCUGAGGAUUCCGACAAGAAGAAUGCGAACAGGAGGCUCAAAGAUGUUGAAAUCUGUGUCCCAAUAGUGUAUGGGACCAUUGCAUUCUAUCUUGGAAGGAAGGCCAGUGAGUCUCAGUCACAUAAGUGGACAGUGUAUGUACGUGGAGCGUCGAAUGAAGAUCUUGGGGUGGUGGUUAAAAGGGUCGUGUUUCAGUUGCAUCCUAGUUUUAAUAACCCCACUAGAGUUGUUGAAUCACCCCCUUUUGAGUUAUCAGAAUGCGGUUGGGGUGAAUUUGAAAUAGCCAUCACCCUCUAUUUCCACUCUGAUGUCUGUGAAAAACAGCUGGACUUGUAUCACCAUUUGAAAUUAUAUCCAGAAGAUGAAUCUGGCCCCCAGUCUACGAAGAAACCCGUGGUUGUUGAAUCUUAUAACGAGAUUGUUUUCCCUGAACCCUCGGAGGUUUUUCUUGCACGUGUACAGAAUCAUCCUGCUGUUAAUGUGCCUAGGCUUCCUGCUGGUUUGAAUUUACCAAGUCCUGUACCAAGCGAUACUGUGAAUGAUAAGGAGAGAGGUGACACCAAAGAUCAUCUUCUAACCCAAUGGUUCUUGAACUUCUCUGAGGCUGAUGAGCUCUUAAAACUUGCAGCAGCUCGCCAGCAGGUGCAAGCUCAUAUUGUUAAGCUGCGAAGACAAUUAAGUUUGGUGGAAGGACUGCCUCAGCUGUCUAAACCGCCAUCUGGUUAUGAAUGUACAUGAUUUUUAUUUUAUUUUAUUUUAAAAUGAAAUUUUUUGGGCUUCCCUUUUGAGUCAAACUUGGAAGAUUCAUGAUGAACAAUUAUGUAUAUAUGCUUCCUUGUAGAUUGUGUUGCUUAUUUUUAUCUGUAGUAGCCAAAAGAUUAGAGGUUUGAAGAAUGGACAUGAUUCUGGGCAUUUAUGCUUAAAAUCUUAUUUGGUUAUAGAUGUGUAUUAGUUGUAAUUUGAGGAGUAUAAUAUUUUAUCUUAAACU